AUGCCUUCCGCCAAGCAGCUUGUGAAGAAGGAGGCGUAUGACGCCAAGCUGUGCGAGCUGCUGGACACGCACACCAAGGCCUUCCUGGUGCACGCCGACAAUGUCGGGUCCAUGCAGAUGAUGAACAUCCGCGCGGGUCUGCGCGAGAACUCCACGGUGCUGAUGGGGAAGAACACCCUGAUCCGGCGCUGCCUGCGCCUGUACGUGGAGCGCACGGGCAACGAGCAGUGGCUGGUGCUGCUGGACCACCUGGUGGGCAACGUGGGCCUGAUCUUCACCCAGGGCGACCUGAACGAGGUCCGCGACAAGAUCCAGGAGUUCAAGGUUGGCGCCCCGGCACGCGUGGGCCUGGUGGCCCCUAACGAUGUGACGGUGUACGCUGGGAACACGGGCAUGGACCCGUCCCAGACCUCCUUCUUCCAGGCCCUGAACAUCUCCACCAAGAUCAACAAGGGCACCGUGGAGAUCGUGUCGGACGUGCACCUGAUCAAGCCGGGCGAGAAGGUGGGCGCCUCCCAGGCCACCCUCCUGGCCAAGCUGGGCAUCAAGCCCUUCACUUACGGCCUGGUGGUCAAGCAGGUGUACGACAACGGCUCGCUCUACGACCCCAAGGUCCUGGACAUCACCGACGAGACCCUGGGCGACCUGCUCACCGCCGGCAUCCGCAACGUGGCCGCCGCCUCCCUGGCCCUCGACUUCCCCACCAUGGCCUCCGCGCCCCACUCCCUCAUCAACGGCUACAAGAACGCGCUGGCCAUCGCGGUGGAGACCGACUACACCUUUCCCCUGGCCGAGAAGGGCGCAAGGGGAAGGCUUGGGUGA